UUUCCUUCAGAGUGCUCGCCCAGGCAAAACCUUGAUUUUGGUUACUCAGACGACAGACACCGUUGCAGCUUCAGGUUGGACAGACUAUUUGGGAGACCCUGCUCCACUUUCUGAGCACUGUGACUGAGCCCAGUGGCAGAAGUGGAAGAUGAGUGGCUUUGAAGAAUGGCUUUCUGCGGGACAUAGAAAGAUGGAAGAAGGUCCUCUCGCUCUGUUAACAUUUGCUACAGCUCCGUAUCACGACCAGAAACCAGGAACGAGUGGGUUACGGAAAAAAACCUAUCAUUUUGAAGAAAAGCCAUGCUAUAUGGAGAAUUUCAUCCAGAGUAUAUUCUUUUCCAUAGACCUAAAAGAUCGCCAGGGAUCCUCACUGGUAGUUGGUGGAGACGGGCGCUAUUUGAAUAAAUCGGCAAUAGAAAUGAUAGUACAGAUGGCAGCUGCCAAUGGGAUUGGUCGCUUAGUCAUCGGGCAGAACGGAAUCCUCUCCACUCCGGCUGUGUCCUGCAUCAUCAGAAAGAUCAAAGCCCUGGGCGGGAUCAUCCUGACGGCCAGCCACAACCCAGGAGGGCCCAAUGGCGAUUUUGGAAUCAAGUUCAAUAUUUCUAAUGGAGGUCCUGCUCCAGAAGCAAUCACCGAUAAGAUUUUCCAAAUCAGUAAGACAAUUGAAGAAUAUGCCAUCUGCCCUGACCUGAAAGUCGAUCUUGGUGUUCUGGGGAGGCAACAGUUUGACCUGGAGAAUAAGUUCAAGCCCUUCACAGUGGAAAUUGUGGAUUCGGUGGAAGCUUAUGCCGCGAUGCUGAGAAACAUCUUUGACUUCAAUGCACUGAAAGAACUACUUUCUGGUCCAAACCGGCUGAAGAUCCGUAUAGAUGCCAUGCACGGAGUCGUGGGGCCAUAUGUAAAGAAGAUCCUCUGUGAAGAGCUCGGCGCCCCUGCAAACUCGGCAGUGAACUGCAUCCCUCUGGAGGACUUUGGAGGCCACCACCCUGACCCCAACCUCACCUACGCAGCCGAGCUGGUGGAGACCAUGAAGUCAGGAGAGCAUGAUUUUGGGGCUGCCUUUGAUGGAGAUGGGGAUCGGAACAUGAUUCUUGGCAAGCAUGGGUUUUUCGUGAACCCCUCAGACUCUGUGGCUGUCAUUGCUGCCAACAUCGUCAGCAUUCCAUAUUUCCAGCAGACAGGGGUCCAUGGCUUUGCACGAAGCAUGCCCACCAGUGGUGCCCUGGACCGGGUGGCUAAUGCUACAAAGAUCGCUUUGUAUGAGACCCCAACUGGCUGGAAGUUUUUUGGGAAUUUGAUGGAUGCAGGCAAACUGUCUCUCUGUGGAGAGGAGAGCUUCGGGACGGGUUCUGACCACAUCCGUGAGAAGGAUGGCCUGUGGGCUGUGCUCGCCUGGCUCUCCAUCCUCGCCACCCGCAAACAGAGUGUAGAAGACAUUCUUAAGGAUCACUGGCAAAAGUAUGGCAGGAAUUUCUUCACCAGGUACGACUAUGAGGAGGUGGACGCUGACAGUGCAAACAAAAUGAUGAAGGAUUUAGAGGCUCUUGUGCUGGAUCGCUCCUUUGUGGGGAAGCAGUUCUCAGCCAGUGACAAAGUGUACACUGUGGAGAAGGCUGAUAACUUUGAGUACAGUGACCCAGUGGAUGGAAGCAUUUCAAGAAAUCAGGGCUUGCGGCUCAUUUUUACAGAUGGUUCUCGCAUCAUCUUCCGACUGAGCGGCACCGGGAGCGCAGGGGCCACCAUCCGACUGUACAUUGACAGCUACGAGAAGGACAUUGCCAAGAUCAGCCAGGACCCCCAGGUCAUGUUGGCCCCUCUUAUUUCCAUCGCUCUGAAGGUGUCCCAACUCCAGGAAAGGACGGGCCGCACUGCACCCACCGUCAUCACCUAAGAAGACAGGUCAGACGCGGUACGUCUCCACCCAGGACCCAUCCAUGCCAUCUCACUGAAGAGCGCAGACAGUGACAGCCAGGCUUUUUAGGGUUUGAUUUUUCCACUCACCAGUUGUUGAGGAAUGAUGAGUUUGUGAGGCACUGCCCAUCGAGACGCCCUUGGGAAAGAGGACCUGGGGGCUGUGCAGUGCUGGCAUCAGCAGGUGCUUGUCCCCUGAGCACCACACCGUUCCCACCACCAUGGAAGGCAGGGGCUGAGCAUCAGCGGGCGAGGCUGUGUUCAUCCUGAGGUUGUGCCAGUGAAAUGACAGUGCAAAUUCCUUUCUUUUGGCUAAACCAGACCCUGUCAUCUACCGUUUACGUGAAAUCCAGCAAAACGCAAUUUCUGGUGCCUUCUGUCAGUUAGUUUUUUCCUCAGAGUGAGACGUACCUGUCUGCAGAUUUCUGUCUUAUUUUGCAACACAGUCCCAUUCAGACAGAUAGAUUGGGAUAUUAAAGCAAAUCAAGCUAC